UCUAAGGCCAAAGAAACAAAGCAAAGUUUGCUCCAGCAGAAUCUCUCAUCUCGACAUUCUCGACCUUCCAUAUAGCAUCUUUGUUAUUGUUGUUGUCAGGUGGAAAGGCGAUGAUGAAGUUCAUAUUAAAGCACAUCUAGCAUAUUCCACAUAAUCGUACUUAACGUAAAUAAAUGCUCAUGAUCAUUAACAUUGCGAAUAGAAAAUAAAAGUGUUGUUGGAAUAGUGUAUGGUGGUUUCAUGAAAAGCAUUGGAGUAUAGCCAAAAGAAUCUUCGUAUCAAAAAUAAUAACAAAGUUUUGGCUGCGAUUUUAGUUUUGCGUCGGAUUCAUUAAAGGAAAAAUAGAUAGAACUCCUAAAGAUUUAUGUGAGUCAUCUCAUACAAUAAUUCUUAUCUCAUACAAAAUUCCUCACCAUAGGAACGAAAUUUUUGUGGAGUGAAAGUAAAAGUACGUAAUCCAGUGUCAAAAUCUUUCUUUGUGGCUUGAGUGAGAAUAUCGAAUAUCUCAUUUAAUUUCGACUCAGUUUUCCUUUCGAGAUUAAUCUACCGACAAAGGGUCCCGUUUGAUUUUUGAAGUUGUGGGUGGAAGUCAAAAGCGUGUGGAAUCAAGCAAAAUGAAUCGUCCAGUCUUUGCGUCCUCCUCGGCUGGACCUAUGGCCCUCGCCACCCUUCGUCUCAUGGAACAUGCCUCCCUCCGACCAAAAACUGCAGCGGCUCUCCCUAUUCUUGCAUUGGGUGGCAUUGGAGCCUUUGGAGUCAUCAAGAUGCUUCCUCCCAAGGACAAUAAGGACAAGUCGCGGAAGAAUCGACAACUCCUUCUUUGGGACUUUUUUGAUCCUCAGGGACACCACCAGAUUCAAUGGAAUAACUAGACUGAGAAACCUGGAAAAUAAAACCUCAGAAUUGGAAACAUUUUGGAAGCUCAAAAUAAAAGCAUGUCUUCAAGUUGAAUUCUUAUUUUGUAAUCAAACGAAUGUAAAUAAGUCGAAAUAUGUAUAUACUACUUAGAACUGCUUAAAUAUUGAGAUAUUCCCUGUAAAAAUUCACUGUAUUAUAGAAAAAAUACUGCCGAGUACUGUACAUUUGUAUAUCAAAAAAUGUCUUUUCAUUACUCGAUCUUACUUCGAUUUUUAGUAGAGUUUAUUUAGUUUGUGCUGCACAAAUUGUGCACACUUGUAUGGUUUGAAUUUGUACCGAGUGACAUGAAUUUAGUGUUGUAUUUAGAUUGCAUUACUUACAAAUAUGAAAUAUUUAAGGUAGGACUAUGAAUGUAACUGAUUUUAUACUGUGAUUGACAACAUCAAAUUGUUAUUUCAGAAUUUAGACUGGUAUAUUGCUCGAAUAAUCGGCAAAUUAGUGUUUAUCAAUUCCUCGGCUUGUGAAAAGAAUUGAAGGCUAAUACAAAUGAAUAUGGCUAAAGAUGUUACAAUUUAUUGAAUAACAAUUUAUAACCGGGAGGGCGCAUAAUAUGUCAUCAUAAGUAUAUCAGUAUUAUGUAUAAGUGUCUCUUGUAUCUAUACGAGACACUUGUUACUUUAGAGUUUUAUUUAGGGUCAUUUUCGCGAGCAGAUUAAUGUAUUGUGCAAAACACGCAAAGGAGUUCGUUUGUAUCAUGUUUUUGUUUAUUACUACAUAAUCAAUUAAUCGAUACAUCUCAAAGUGUUUGCUCUAAAUUGUAAAGUAGGGUUGUAUUGGGGAUAGGUUAUGAAAAAACUGUCAUAUUACAUUAUUUUCUACUUUGAACAAAAUAACCAAGAAGCAUACAGGGGAAAAUCGGUCUCAUACUUAAAUAUGUAUCUUAUUUAGUGAUGCAUACGACAGCCAUACAUAAGUACGCGUAUGUAUGUAUGUAUACAUUAGUCCACCCAAGUUUGCGUGUCACCCAACUUUUACAAAUGAUGUUCUAUCUGAACAGAACACUAUAAUGCAUGCAUGUCAAAGUUGUGUACAAGUUUCGAAACACUCGAACCAAGGAGUUUUUAUGCACAAUAUGAUAUCCUGGAAUUAUCCAAGAAACCGGUGGACGGACACAGUUGCGAAAUAUACUGACGAAGCACAAGUUUCACGUCGCAGCAUUUUAUAUUAUUUUCUCAUUCAAUAAAUUUUCAUAUAUGAAAGAUUAACAGUGAUCUAACGCCAUGAGUUAUUUGAACUGGGCGAAACAAAAUUCUGAUCAAUUGCCACAAAUGACCUGCGAAUUGGUUCUUGGAGAGCAUGAACCGUCAUCAUACAAAGCUGGGGACACCAUAAACGGUCAUCUACUCCUCAAUACAUCCCAGCCAUUCUACGUAUACGCAAUUAGGGUAGUCUUGGAAGGAUACGCCAUUGUGACGUCAGAGGGUGAAAAAGUCAAAUCAAAACCUGACAAUUUUCUGAAAAUAGGCGUGGACGUUUUGGGUCAAGGAAAAAUACUUGCAUGUGGAGAACAUCAUCUUUCUUUUGCCAUAACAAUUCACCCUCAGAACAAAGUGGGAGAAUUGCCAGGAAGUAUGCAAACUUCGCAUGGUUUCAUCACGUAUAAAUUGGUGGCUUAUCUGAAGCAAGAGAACAAAAGUCAUAGGCAGACUGAGAAAUCAGUGAGUGUUCUUGGUUUUUUGAAUCUUUCAGUCUUUGAACCUUCACUAAUGACCCCGGUCGUAUACGAGAAACUUCAAAAGUCUUCGUCCCUCAGCGUAUUUCCCUCUGUCCUUUCCAAAUCAAGGCUUAAAAUUUCACUUCGAUUAAGAAAAUCUGGAUUUCUGCCAGGGGAAAGUAUCUUUUUCGAAUUGAAUAUGAGUAAUCCUGGAAAUUAUGAGAUUGUUGCAAGUAGUGUGACACUUGUUCAGAAAUUCACAUACAAUUCCGGAACUACUCAAAAAGUACAACUGUUUGAAAUCAGAAGUAUAGAAACGAAAGUGCUGCAAGGGUCAACUGCUUUAUGGGCAGAUUCAGUCAUCAUGGAUGGAUGUGAUGGAAUAGUUGUGUCACAAAGUGGGAUAAUUAUUGAAAUUUCGCACUUUCUUAAGGUUCGUAUCAAAACAAAUGGCCCUGACGAACAUUUUCUUAUGGAAGUUCCCUUGAAAAUAGGCAGCACUAAGCGAAAUUAAUAAACUCGAAUCUUCAUAAACUUUUUUUAAAAUAUCAACCAUUUGUAUUUCGGUAAAAUAUGCAAUUUAACAAUAUUUUUUGAUUAUUUGAUUCUUGAGAUUAUUCGAGUCUUUAACAAACUAAUGUUAUGCAGUUUGACAUGCUACACAACCAACUUAAUUCAUAAGACACGUAUCAUGCAUAUUUGCAUACGCAUGCACAACCAUAUUAAUAAGAGGCUCAAUUACUAAAAUUUAGACUUAUUCAACAAUAAAUCUAUUUAAACUCAAUCAAGUUUCAUAUUAAUUAUCAUAUUAAGUCAUAAGUAUUUUAUACGACAAGUGUUGUCUUAGGCAAAA